GUAUGAUGUACCUUGCCAUUUACAAGGGAGGCUGAUGCACCUUUAUGCCAUCUGUGUGGACUGCCUGGAAGGAGUGCACAAAAUCGUGUGUAUAAAGUGCAAAUCCAGGUGGGAUGGAAGCUGGCACCAGCUGGGCACAAUGUACACAUACGACAUACUGGCUGCAUCACCAUGCUGCCAGGCCCGGCUGAACUGCAAGCAUUGUGGGAAACCUGUCAUAGAUGUACGUGUGGGCAUGCAGUAUUUCUCUGAGUACAGCAAUGUACAGCAGUGUCCUCACUGUGGCAAUCUGGACUAUCACUUUGUAAAGCCAUUCUCCUCGUUCAAAGUUCUCGAAGCUUAUUGACAAAAGUUGCAUUUGCAUGCUAGUAUUUUCCCCUGUUUUUUCUAUUGAUAGAAUUACUUAUUUUGGGCUCUUGUCAACACUUUGUGUGGAAUUAGGAACAAAAUAGAAAGAAUCAAAGCAUACGAUGCUGAUCGACGGAGAGCGUGUCUUUUAUUAAGGGAAAGAGGGUGUGCUUUUGCAUAUAUUCUAACGCCAUCCUUGAAAUGUUUGAGCUUGCAUUUAAAAAACAAAGCAACAAUACUGUGACAAGUGAAUGUAUCUCUGUAUGCCAAAUUUGCUC